GCUGCGCCACGGCCACCGCAGGCUCAGCUACCGCAGCGUCUUCCUCUUCCUCUGCCUGUUCUGGGCCGCCCUGCGCACCGCGCUCUUCUCCUUCUACUUCCGAGACUUCGUGGCGGCCAACGCGCUCCGCCCCUUCGUCUUCUGGCUGCUCUACUGCCUGCCCGUGUGCCUGCAGUUCUUCACGCUCGCGCUGCUCAACCUCUACUUCGCGCAGGUGAUCUUCAAAGCCAAGUCCAAAUACUCCCCAGAGCUGCUCAAGUACCGGUGGCCCCUGUCCCUGGCCUCGCUGUCCCUCAGCCUGCUCUUCCUGGCGGUGAACCUGACCUGUGCGCUGCUGGUCAAGACGGGCCGCGGGGAGCGGACGGCUGUGGUGUCGGUGCGUGUGGCCGUCAACGACACGCUGUUCGUGCUGUGUGCCGUCUGCCUCUCCGUCUGCCUCUACAAGAUCUCCAAGAUGUCCUUGGCCAGCAUCUACUUGGAGUCCAAGGGCUCCUCCGUGUGCCAAGUCACUGCUGUCGGCGUCACCGUCACCCUGCUGUACGCCUCGCGGGCCUGCUAUAACCUGUCCAUCUUGGCGUUUUCCCAGAGCACAAGCGUGCACCCCUUCGACUACGACUGGUACAACGUGUCGGACCAGGCGGACCUGAAGAAUCAGUUGGGCGAUGCUGGCUACGUGGUGUUCGGGGUGGUGCUCUUCGUGUGGGAGCUCCUGCCCACCACCUUGGUGGUUUACUUCUUCCGAGUUCGAAAUCCCACGAAGGACCUCACCAGCCCCGGAAUCGUCCCGAGCCACGGAUUCAGCCCCAGAUCUUACUUCUUUGACAACCCUCGAAGGUACGACAGCGAUGACGACCUCGCCUGGAGUAUCGCCUCUCCGGGACUUCCGGGCAGUUUUGUUCCAGACCACCAUGACUGGGGACAGCGCGCUCACAGCGCCCUGCCACACGCAGGGGCCGGGCCGCAGGACGUGACUCCGGAGCCCGGCAGAUGGAGCUGUGGGUAGCAUCAGGCGGUCUGAGGAUCCCUCGUCUCUGGCUGGCCCAGGCGGCUGGGUUUUAGGCACUUUUCCUUCAGAAACAGAACUUGCUUUUUAUCUGUUACAGGUUUAUGACACUCCACAGGACUAAGCACUGAUUUAGACUGAUAAACCCUAUCUCCGUACUAAAAGUGAGGCUGGCUUUUCCAGUGGGUAUAGUAAUUUAAUUCUAAAGAUCUGUACUUUUAUACAGAGGUAUCUCAUGUAACUUACAUAAUGCUGGAGUACACUAGGGUUUUCCCAAGAAUGUUGUAAUAUAUGCUGUAGUUUGCACACUUUUAAGCAUAAUUCACUUUAAAGGGUAGGAUAUAUGGCCUAACAGUUCUUAAGGCUUUAGACAAAAGCGGUCCUCACACCCUUACCUCUUGGGUCGUGCAGACUGAGAGACACCUGCCAUCUAGAAAGCUGACGGUGGGCCCAGCAUCGAGGUUAAUAUGAAACGGAGUACCAGUCAGCUCUAGGGUAACGGGCCCUUCGGAGUUAAGGUCCAGGUGGUCUGACCUUCAGAGAACCUCUUUUAAGUUCUGCUGCAAGCCUGGUACUUCCUUUGGCAGAGCACUCUGUGUACAUGCCACCGCGACCAGCCCUGCACCAUCCAACCCCACGCUGGCCGCUUUGGACCCUGCUCUGCUGGACUCACCGAGACUCCACUUCGUCCUCCCAGCUCAGUGAACUGGCCGACAGACGGUGCUGGAACAACUGGGUGGUCACAGGGGUGGAGCGCGUGUGGGCCCUACCGUACACCUUACACCAGGGUAUACUCCUAGGGGUCAAGAUUUAGAUGUAACAAAAUGUAAGUGUAGAAGCUCUAGAAGAAAACAUAGGUGAACUGACUCUGUUUUUCUGGAGAAAAAUAUUCUAUGACUCAAAAUCUGGAAACGCCAAAUCAGACUAUGGAAACUUGUAAAACAAUGUGCCUGGCAGGGCCGGGCCGUCAGUCAAAAGACAGGUGACAAGUUGGAAGGAAUACGCAGUUUGUUACAGCCCAUGGGUUACGCCUAGAAACUGAGAGAGAAGUGACCCGGUUGCAGGAGGAAGGGCACAAGGCACACACUAAGGGGGUACCGACGGCUCUUAGCCUUCCCGAGAGGGACUCAGGCCGCUCUGGCUGAAGUGCCUGUGCUCUCAGCACAGCCCAGGCCUGCACCUGACCACCUCCUGUGUCCACAAGGCUGGGCACGCAGCCAGCGCACUAAGCUCGGACGGUGAGGGGCUGGCGGCCAACGCCGAGGGCGGUGCACUGGAGCUUUCAAAGCUGUGAAAGCACGCGGCCUGUUGGAACCCACUCUGCAGGUGCGCAGUCACAGGAAGUGUGAAAUGGGGCGCGCGCAGUCUGGAGACACCUGUGCCCAUCCAUCGGGCUGGCUGGUUAUGCAGUGGAAGGCAGGACAGUGGGCUGCUGGGAGCAGGAACGGGUGCUAGUGAGAGGUGUCAGAGACUGGGGAGUGGGGAAAGCAAACAGUAUGCAGCUGUCACUUUCUGGGUAGAACUGAGACAGAAAAGGCCUGCUGUGUGUCUGCUUGUACAUGGCUAAACAUGUGGGUGGAGACACAGGAAGCUCAGAGCAGCGGUCAGUGUGGUGGGGUGCAGGCCUGCACAGCUGGGCCAGGGACUGGAGGGUGCUCACCAUGUGACUGGCAGCUCUGCACGUGUAUUACCUAUUCCAAAAAUUAAAUAAAAUAAGCUUAUUUUAAA